UGAAAUGAAAACAUAAAGGAAUAUAAAAGAAAGAUAAAAAAUAAACAUAAAUCACACCCUGAGCUCUUAUCAAAUCCUAAAAGUAUUUUUCAUAUUGUCUAAUAACCUUUUGUUUCAUCAGGAAUUUUAAAAAAAUCAUAAACCAUAACCAUGGAUCAUAGUGUUCUAGAAGUCAUGUAAUAGUCUGGAUUCUAGAACUGGAUUCUAAAUCUACUGUGUUGCUGCAUCUGCUGCAUUCACUAUCAGAUCGCUUUACGAAGAAGACUAAGAAGACUUUUAGUGAGAAGUAAAUCAACAAUAACUAUGAACUACCACUCCUACAGCAACCAACUCUGCGACACCAUCAUCGAGGUUGAAGGCACUCAUUUCCAUGCGCACAAGUCAGUGCUCUGUGAAUUGAGCCCGUAUUUCAGCGCUCUGUUCACGAGGUGGAGCAGCCCAGGCCAGUUCAUGUACACCGUCCCUGGUGUGACUCCGAACAUAAUGAAGUCCAUCAUCCAGUACGGUUACUCACAGCAGAUAACAAUCACGCAAACGAACGUGAAGGCUGUCUUGGAGGCAGCCUAUUACCUGCUCGUGGAGGACAUUGUUCACCUCUGCCACCAGUUUCUGGUGAAGCGACUCUGCCCAAAGAACUGCACUGAAAUAUUGCGGCUUGCUACUGCGCACUCCUGGCACGAGCUGCGUGAUCGGGCGUCCCUCAUGGUGAAGCAGAGCCAGAUAUACUGCCAGCUACGCUCCAACUCGCGCGGCCUGGGUGACCGUUCUGGCAGAAGACGUCAAACACCGUACACACUGCGUCACUCGAGUAGUAACUGAGCCUGGAACUUUCAUCCAACUCAGAUCACUCGCACAUUUUAUAUAUAUAUAUAUAUAUAUAUAUAUAUAUAUAUAUAUAUAUAUAUAUAUAUAUAUAUAUAUAUAUAUAUAUAUAUAUAUAUAUACACACACUUUUUAAAAAAACUUUUUUCCAUUUCUUCUUUCCCUUAUUGCUCUAAUAAACACAUCUUAAUUGUUAAAUAUA